AUGUCCACGCAGCUGGAGCGGACCACGAAAUUGCCUUUUGACUUUGAUGACAUCUCCCUGCCAUCUGAUUUCCUCGUCUGGAUCGCUUCCCCCGAAGCAAGCUUCCUCGACGGAAAGCUCGUGUUCGCCGCUUGGGACGUGGAGGAACUCAAGGGCCGCAGGAAUGAGAUUGUUGGUGGGCAUCCGGGAAGUGGCGAGCUUUGGUUUGGCUUUCAGGGAUUUCCCCGGUAUAUAAGGGGCAGGCCCUUGGGAGGGUCGUAG